CAACAAUGGCAAACCGUAGUCUGUUUUGGUAGGAGAUUUCUGAUUGGAGCUACACGGUCUCAAACUCCACAAUCACGACUAAUUUCUUCUCUUGAAUUGGCGAGUUUUAUUUUAAAGCUAGCGUGUUCGUCCGUGGUUAUAUUUUUCCGUUUCACAUUUUUUUUUUCGAAAAUGUGCGAGGCGCUGUUGGCGAGCUCACACAGUCUGUGCAUGUGUGUCCCUGCUGCUUUUCUGCUGGGCUACAGCUACUAACCUAGCUGCUUUUCACUCGGUGGUUAGCUAACGUUAGCCUGGCCGCGUUUAUUGACUUGAGGAAAAAAAACACACGCGAAUGUAAACCGUAUUUGUGCUAUCUGUUUUAUGACAACAGCGCUCAACUAUUUUGCUAAUCGUAGCUGUUGGGUACGGUAAGAGGUGUUGUAUGAUUUGUCGUAGAAAAUACUUUGCUGGCUAGCUAAUAGGCUAGCUAUUUGUGUGUAUUCUUCGACUGAGGAAAACGGCGAGUUUUCUUUGAAAGUAUGGAUGACCAGACCAGGAUGAUGACGGGUCUCACCGGACUCGGUGGACUACCACAAGCCGAUGUAGGCGACCCAGACUCGGUCAGGAAACAGCAGUCCCUCGGUCAACCACAACAAGACAUAGGGGAUAUCCUACAGCAAAUAAUGGCCAUCACCGACGAAAGCCUGGACGAAGCACAGGCCAGGAAGCAUGCCCUGAACUGUCACAGAAUGAAGCCAGCCCUCUUCAGCGUUCUCUGUGAGAUCAAAGAGAAGACGGUGCUGAGUAUACGAGGUGUGCAGGAGGAGGACCCCCCAGAUCCCCAGAUCAUGCGGUUGGACAACAUGCUGCUAGCAGAGGGGGUGUCGGGACCAGAGAAGGGUGGUGGAUCAGCUGCAGCGGCUGCAGCUGCAGCAGCAGCAGGGGGCUCACCCACCGACAGCAGCAUCGAACACUCCGACUACAGAGCCAAGCUUGCUCAGAUUCGCCAGAUAUAUCAUUCUGAGCUGGAGAAGUAUGAGCAGGCCUGCAGUGAGUUCACCAACCAUGUAAUGAACCUGCUGAGAGAGCAGUCUCGCACACGGCCCAUCUCUCCCAAGGAGAUUGAGCGCAUGGUGGCCAUAAUCCACCGCAAGUUCAGCUCCAUUCAGAUGCAGCUCAAACAGAGCACCUGUGAGGCUGUCAUGAUUUUGCGCUCACGCUUCCUUGAUGCCAGACGUAAGAGGCGCAAUUUCAACAAGCAAGCCACAGAGGUGCUGAACGAGUAUUUCUACUCCCACCUGUCUAACCCUUACCCUAGUGAGGAAGCCAAGGAGGAACUGGCCAAAAAGUGUGGGAUCACUGUGUCUCAGGUCUCUAAUUGGUUUGGCAACAAGAGAAUACGCUACAAGAAGAACAUUGGUAAGUUCCAGGAGGAAGCGAACCUCUACGCAGUUAAAACAGCGGUGGAUGCUGCCAAUGUGUCGGCGCAGGCUAGCCAGGCUAACUCUCCGGCAACACCCAACUCAGGGUCACCGGGGUCAUACAGCUUGUCUCACACAGGCGACACCUACCUUGGCCUGCGCUCCCUCAACGGGGAGGGUCUCAACAUCGCCCCCCCCCUCCAGCCUCAGGUGGAUACCCUGCACCGUGCUACACACCUGACGGGCGGCUAUGAGGAGUUGUCAGGUAGUGGCCUCUACACCCCUCAUCGCCUGGAUGCUAACAGCUGGCAGGACACCACCAACCCCCCUUCGGUUACCUCCCCUCCUGGUCCUCCUGGCAGUGUCCACUCAGACACCUCCAACUGAUCCGGUGGCUCUCCAUGCCAUCACUUCAUUCCCACUGCGGUCUGCUCUGACAACCAUACUCUGUCCCCAUUUUUCACUACUCCCCUUGUCUCUCAACUCGAUAGCCUCACAGGGCUGUACUCGCAUUUCAUAAACACACACUGUGCUGGAACACAGGACAGCCAAACAGUUGUAAAGAGGAAUUCUCCCUCCAGCUCCACUCCAAUGCUCAAAGCUUCAUAACUCAGAAUGAAAGGGGGGUGGAGCUUACAGAUACUGAGACAACAUCUUUACUAUCAAGGACUUUUUAAAAAAACCACUGACCCAGCUGUGUAGAUGAUUAUGAUGUCUGUACAUUAUGUGUAUAUGCACGUUAACUUCACACAGUACUCACACAGCUUGUUCAUGUGCUGUUGACCUCUGCACUCAACCCUUUGCUUUGGAAAACUGUGUGUGAUUGCCUGUAUCUCUUGAAGCCUUGGCAUUUGACAGCCAAACUGUUGAUACGGAUCACCAGGGAGCUCUGCUCACCUUGCUCGUACCAAAGUGCUGCCCCAGUAGUUGUCAACACAUCUGUUCCUCUGAGAUCACCCUCUGCCAACUCAACUCAAGACACUGUUGUAUCUUCCAGUCCUUAUGGCUUGAUGUUUCAUUCUGUUGGAGAUUUCAAAGUGAAAAACUGAUAUGCACAAAGGUGCAUGCAAAGACCUUUCCAUAACAUACACCUCACAACUUUUCAGUCGUUUUCAUAGUAAGCUGACAUAAAAGAUGUGUCAAGCACAAAAGUUAGCAUCCUUGUUAUGGGUGUCUCUACCCGUAAAAGGGUAGUUAAGGGGAUCACUGUUCUAAACCAGGCAGGACAAGUGAUAAUAGGGCUGGUGUGAAGAGGAGGAAAGGGCAGAGAGAGGAGAAUAUCUUUGGUUGAGUGGAUGUAACUAAUAGCCCUUUUUGUUGCUAACCAAUAGAGGGUGUUGGUAGAUGGCUUGUAGACUUUACUUCUUGCUUUCUGUCCACUAGUUUAUUUGAUUGUAGGCUAUUUUCUAAUGCUGUUUCACCAAGAAUGCACCAGCCACCACCAAAAAUUAGCUCAAUAAAGCAUCUUAAAUGACAAAUAAAAGAAGGGUGGAAAGAUUGUGGGGCAUUGAUGUGUUAUUGGGACAAACGUGACAUGAAUUUAGAAACGUGACUGUCUUCCAUGCAUGUAGGACUUCUAGGCGUGAUAUUGUUUUCAUUUAACCUUCCAAGUUUUUAGCUUCAUUUUUAUUAACAAAAAAUAAAGGGUAUAAUUAUUACAGUCAGACCAAAAAGGAAAAAGUGCAUCAUGUAUUGCUAUGAUGUGUGUGUCUCUGUGUGGGCGUGUGUACAGUGUUCUUGGGAUGUCUUAGUCAAACUGGCUGGUGCCCUCUGACCUUUGUAAGCAUUAUAGAGACUGGGUGCUUCCACCAGCCAAUGACACACCAGAUGGGGGUCAACCGAGAUCUCCUCCUCCCCAUCUUAAUACAUUUUAGCUUGUGAGCCCGAGGCAACACACUACAACCUUCUGUUGUACCAAAACCAAAAAUACCAAGUUCAGCAAUGUAAUAAUGCUACUCUGUGUCUAUCUAAAGUUGGUGCGCAGCCACCUUUUCAGUUUGAGGAGAGGAGGGAAUUAUAUUUGUAUCUGUGUCUCUCUGUGUGGUGUCGUCAUGCCUCAAGUUGGUUUGAUUUUUGGGUUGUUUUUUUUGUUUUGUUUUUUUCGUUGUGGGGCUUCUUGGGUGGGUGGGUGCAGUGAGGACUGUCAUAUCACACCUGUAAUUUGAUUGUGAGCAUUGAAGGCAUGCUCUCCCCUUUACCCAUCCUUUAAUACCUUCUGGUAAAUCCACAAUUGUUUAGUUUUUAGUUCUAUGGCCGAUUGGGCAAGGGCUUCUCUCUCUCCUCUGUUACCAAAAAAGAGGCAGCACUGGGUGUAGAAAAAACUUAACUCAUGUUUAAGACAAACCUGUAAAAUUUUUUGGGGGAUUUUCAUUCUUUGGAACUGUUUUAUACAUUAACUGUUAUGUGAAUAACAAAGCAUUUUGAUAGUAAGGUGAAGCCUUAUGAAGAUUUAAGUGUCAGUCAAGACUUUGUUUAACCAUAUGUUACAGAACAAACCUUGAGCUUGAAAGCUGGUCACAUGUGAUAUCCCGCAUUUAAUUACUUGUUUUGUUACUCAUAGCAGUUCAUAUGACUGUAUCGUAUGAAUAAUGUUAUCGCCACACCAAAUUAUCAUGCCCCCAGCCCCUUUUUCUACCUGUUGUAAUGGAUGUCACUGUACAGUUUGUGUAAUGUUUCAGUAUUUUUUUUUUUUUUCUUUUAUAAAUUUUGAUGUUUGGUUGAGAUGCCAGUUUUAUUUUGGCCUCUGUGUCACAGGAUUCACAAUAACUCUGUAUCAGUUUUGAAUAUUAUUUAGGUCUUUUGUUACAUAACCGGGUUGCAAUGUAGGGUUUACAGACGCAACAUUUGGUGCUGUGGAAAGAGAAUUGUAUGGACGUUGUUAUAUUUUAUUUUGAUGUAUUUCCCCCCAUGUUGUUUUAUGGAACUCUUCCCCUUUUGAUUUCCCUCAAGUUUCCACACUCCCUCAGUUGUUUAGUCACCUUUCCAAAUAUUUAAAUUAAACCUGCUCAGAUCAUUCCAGGGAAUCAGAAAUGUCCAUUUAUAAAGUGGCAAAAGGAGAUUUGAAACAAUUGAACCAGUUACAUGAACUGAAUUUUUAUCUCAUGGACCUUAAAACUUGCCAGCCCAUCACAGCUAACCUAAAAAGGUAAGCAAGUUUGCUACAUUUCAGUUAAUCCUAAUAAAACAUUUAAGUCAUUAAGAUUGUAAGAAUAUGAAAGCAGAACAUUUGCUGAAUUGUUUGAUUUUUCUGUUGUUUCACCCUGGAACAGACAAAUCUAUAAGAAGCAGCCCGAGUGUUACAUUUAAGCAGAUCUUUUGCUUAAAUUUUCACGGGCCACUUCUGCCACUCUCCUUAAAGAGGAGUACAGCAACAAAAACAUCCCUAUACAGCAUCAGAGCUGUAUAUCUAAAAUACAGAACCUAAUUUGAUUUUCUACUGUCGAUCAUGUUUGAAUAAUUGUUUGAAUUCUGCAAGUGACUAAAUGACUUCCACAGCACCAGAUGGCUUCUUAAACCUUUUUGAUUUUUUCUUUUUAUUAGUAUAUUUGUAUCUCCCCUCUUUCCCUUGUAUUUACCCCUCUCUCUACCUCUGUCUUUCCAUUUCUCUUGUAUAUAACCCCCACUGUUUUCAGACUUGUGAGUCUGUAUGAACUCCUUUUAUACCUCAACUUUAGAAUUGUUCUAGAAAGAGUAAAACAAAAGGAAGAAUAUGACAAAUUGUAGUGUUCUUAUUAGAAAAUUAAUAAAAAUGAUUUAGUGUGAUUUUUCAGUAUUUGAUUUCAGAUUUUAGGAGUGUUUCAUUUUAUAAUUUGUCACAAAUGCUCUUGUGAUAGUCAAAUGUAAUAAAAGGAGAGAUUGCACCA